AUGCUGCGCCAGGUUCGCCGCUUGAAGCUGCGCCCGCCGCCGCAAUCGCGGGCGACACACGCGCUUGCAGCCGACGACCGGCAGUGGCAGCACGCGCUCGAGUCGUACUCGGAGCAGCAGUGGCGUAGCGUCUUGGCCGACGAACGCCUCGCGCUCGCACUGCACAAGCCCGGCGUCACGAGCUACGUGCAUCUCGCCAACAAGCAUCCGGGCCUUCUCGAGCCGCUUCUGAGCGCUCUCGUCUCGGGCGUCCACGCACAGCAUCCCAACAGCAUGGCCGACCAAGAAGCCUACCUCGUCACGGCCAUUUUCCUCUUGGCGCUGGAUGCCGCGGCGUACAUGCAGGACGCGGCGCUGGUCCGGACGAUCCUACAGGACGUGGAUGCUGCGGACAUUCCAAUGGGCCAUGGGCUCCUUAACGCUGCGCUGCGUGCGCUCGCAGCAACAAACGACGACGGCACCCACACCCAAGUGGCCACCGAGUUGACAGCCCGCAUGAUUGCAGCGGAAAUCAAACCGACGCACGCGACGUUAUCUGCCAUCGUUCGCCUUUAUGCCCACUCGCCCAACGACCUGCACACUACGCUGACGGCGUUGGCGCCGGCUUUUUCCGUGCCGACGCACCCGACCGUGACCGACCCUGCGUCACACGUUGCGUGCCUCGGUCUUGCCCAUUGGAUUCGAUACGAAAACGGAGGUCGCGCUGCCUCGGACGUACUGACGGCGCUGCUACCGUCGCCACACUGGCACGUGGAUGCCGUCAUGCGAGACCGGGUCGUCCACGCCUUGGUGCUGGCCCACGAGUUUGAACUGGCCGCGCACUGGAUGCUCACUGACGCGCCGCUGCGCCAUGACGUGUACGCGUCAUGGUUCUCGACCGCAUUUUCGGCGAACGCGCCGCUAACGUCGGCCGUCGACGUGUUCAAGGCAUGGCAGGCGACGGGGUCGGUCACGCUCCAUGACUUUGGCGACGUCAUCUACUACCUCUGCCAGCGCCAAGACCUCACCAGCGCCCUCGACGUCUUCGAGCUUCUCCACGAGCCACCGACCGAGAAGAUCUGCGUGGCGCUGAUGAAAGCUCUGCACUCGGAGCAGACACGGGCGUCGAUCGACAGCAGCUUCAAGGACUUCUUUCGACUCGCGGUUGCCCGGGGCGAUGCGAAGGCCCCAGCGUUCCACUCGGCGCUCAACCUCGCCGUGACCUCGGCGGACGAAGGCUUUGUGCGUGAGAUCCUUGAGGCCAUGGUGCUCUCGUACACCGUCGACGACACGCCAACGUGGCGCUUGGACCAAGCCGCGUACAACAAGGCGCUGUGCGCCUGUGCGACACAUCCGAACCUCCACGCGCUGGGCCUGCGCGUCUUCGAACACAUGCACCAACACCGGGUCGAGAUCAACGAACUGACCAUGAUGGCCUGUGCCAAAAUGGCCAAGUCGUUCCCUGCGUCGUCGGCCACGUUGAAGCUCCUCGCAGAUUUCAAAGAUCUCAACCAGUGGCCAAAUAUUGAGGUGUACACGGUGAUUUUGGGGAUUCUGGCCCAACACCGGCAGUGGGCCGACUGCGACGCGCUCUUCUCAAUGCUGCAAGAAGAGGGCGUGCCAUUGGACCUCAAGGCUGCGACGCUCUUCGGGUGCGUCCUGGCGCAGCAGUGCCGCACGGACGAGCUCCUCAAGCUCAUUGCCCACAUGCAAGAAAAUGGGAUCGAACCGGACGCGUUGUUUCUGCGCGACAUUCUCGCACGGCUCUACCGUCACUACGACGUGGACAAGUGCCUCGAUUUUUGCAAGCACGUGCUCUCGGUCGCGCGCUGCCAAGUCUACUAUCACUCGAUGAUCGAGCUGGCGCUGCGUCAUGGUCUCUUGGACCGAGCGCUCAACCUCGUCAUUCAAAUGGAGUGCGACGGCUUCACGAUCCACGCCCACGUGCUGUUGGACAUUAUCCAUCGCGUCACGACCAUGCAAGAACUGGAGAAACUCAUCUCGGUCUUUGCGCAGCUCAACGACGGCGACGUGGACCGCGAAUUGCCGUUUGAGGCGUCGGUGUUUACUGCGCUCCUCGAGAAAUGCGAUGCGAUGCAAGUCAAGAGCAGCGUCGCGCUGCGGUUCAUUGAGCGCCACGCGACCGCGCUUGGCUACAACGUCCGCGCGUGA